AUGGACAAACACAAUCUAACAGUGCUGAAUGAAUUCAUUCUGACGGGAGUCACAGACCACCCAGAGCUGCAGCCUCCAUUGUUUGGACUGUUCCUCAUCAUAUACAUGAUUUCAGUGGUGGGCAACUUGGGCAUAAUCAUCCUCACCAAGAUGGACUCUAGUCUUCAAACACCCAUGUACUUUUUUCUCAGACACCUGGCUAUCACUGAUCUUGGUUACUCAACAGCUGUGGGGCCCAAAAUGUUGGGAAAUUUUGUUGUGCAUGAAAAUACAAUCUCCUAUUAUUUUUGUGCUAUACAGCUAGCUAUCUUUAUAUUGUUCAUGACUAGUGAACUAUUUAUUCUGUCAGCAAUGUCGUAUGACCGCUAUGUGGCCAUCUGUAACCCUCUGCUCUACACAGUCAUCAUGUCACAAAGGAUAUGUUGUGUGCUGGUGGUGAUUCCCUAUCUCUACGGCACAUUUGUUUCCCUUCUCCUCACCAUAAAGAUUUUUAAUUUAUCCUUCUGUGGCUACAAUGUCAUCAGGCAUUUCUACUGUGAUGCUCUCCCCUUGUUGUCUUUGCUCUGCUCAAACACACAUGAAAUCAAAUUGAUCAUUCUCAUCUUAGCAGUUUUUGAUUUAAUUUCAUCCUUCCUAAUAGUUCUUGUUUCUUACCUGCUCAUCCUUGCAGCCAUUUUCAAGAUGAAGUCAGCUGAGGGCAGGCACAAUGCCUUCUCCACCUGUGGAUCCCACCUGACAGUGGUGGUAGUGUUCUUUGGGACUUUAAUCUUUAUAUACAUGCAGCCCAAGUCCAGUUCCUCCUUUGACACUGAUAAAAUGGCUUCCAUAUUUUACACACUGAUUAUCCCCAUGUUGAAUCCCUUGAUCUAUAGUUUGAGGAAUAAAGAUGUAAAGUAUGCCUUACAUAGGACUUUGGGACAAUUAUGUAAUAUAUUUACUCAAAGUUUGCUAUACCAUAUGAUUCAUAUAAAUUACAUUAUGGGCUUUAAACUGUUUUCUGUGUGCCUCCAGAGGGGAUAG